AUGUCGAAUAAAAAUUGGCAGAAAUCAGCAUCUGUGAUACGGCGAGCAAGAUUUGAUGACGUCAAUUGCGUGAUGUAUGUCAAUGGAACUGCUCAAUUUCCAGUUACUGAAUUAUCCAGUGAUAAAAAUGAAGAAUUGUUAGGAAAUUCUCGACAUGAUUAUAAUCAACCAAAUAUUGAUCAUACAAAUGAAACUGCGAUUCGAAGAUUGAGAAAAGAAAAUCAUAACUUGAAGAAAACACUUUCAAGAAGAUGGAGUUCCAGAAGCAGGUUUGAUGUUUUCAUUUUGCUUUUUUUCUAAAUUUAAUGUUCGUGUUAUGUUGUUUGAUCCCGAAACCGCAGAAAAAAAUAUUUUUUCAAUCCCAUGAAACUUUCAAUAAUAAAAAUCAGAAGGGUGGUUCUUCAUUAAAGUCAUAUAUUUCUUUUAAAAUUAGGCAGCUUCGAUUUAUUAGUUAUUCUAUCGUAAUUCAGAGGACAAAUAUCAUUUUUUCCAAUCAAUAAGCUGACUAAAUGUAAGUCGGUGCUUUUUGCAGUUAUUGUAAAUUUCAUGAGCUUUUUUCCUAUGUAUUAGAAAACAUGUUAUACCAGAUGAAGAUUUUCGCUCAUUGGAAUAUGGAAAAGCUUCUUCCUAAUGAAAAACUCAUUAGAAUACUGUAAUGAUUGAAAUUUCAACCCACACAAUAUGUUUUUUUGAAAAGGGUGACCUAAAAAGCUUUUAGAAUUUUCUAAUAAAAUAAAUUUUCAUUUGAACUUUUUCAGUAUUCAUUUCAAAAACAAGUCCACCAAAAAGGGUUUUCUAAGAUAAAAUUUUGAAACUAAUUACAUAAUUGUCUCUCUUUCUAUCCAUCAAAAAAUACCCAGAAUUCAUUAUAUUUGAUGUGAGAACACUUUUCUGCAACAUCAUAUGAAAAAAAAAUAUUUUAAUGAAAUCCGUUCUAUGCACUUUUUUCUCAUUUGUUUUUCAUUUAUUUUUUUGUGGUCCUAGAUAUUUUCAAAAUUAAAAUCAGAAGAGCACUUGAUAUAUGGGGAGGUUUCCGUUAUCUAUCUAUUGAAACAAUAAAAAAAAAGAAAAAUGUUAUGACAUAAAUGAAAACACAUGUUCAAGAAAACAAAUCAUUCAAUCAAAUUAUUAUUAUUUACCAGAAAAAAAAGUAUUUUCACCACAUCAUACUUUUGAAGAUUUAUUGGAUUUUACAAUCUGUCAAUAUUUCUUCUUCUUAAAAAUGCGAUAAAAAUAAAUUAUUUGAUUUUUUUUCAGAAGCUCUAUGGUUUCUCACAUGUUAACAACAGAUGAUGAAGAACAAGAUGAUGCAGAUGAUAGUUUGUAUUUAUUGAGGGUGAGAAAUUCAGAGUUUUUGUGAAAUUCAUAUAUGAAACUCUUAUAGGAAACAUCAACGCUUCAUGGGUUACGAGAUGUUUUGCUGAGUUCUUCGGGAAGAUUGCGAUCAAUUUGGGUGAUAAUUGUGAUCUUGGCUAUUGUUUUAACUUUACAUGGUUGCUAUCAAAUUAUUCUGGAGUUUUCAAAUGAGAGAAUUGUUGUUUCUUAUUUCAUCAAAGAAGCGCGUAAGUUGUUCAAACAUGAUUUAUUGUUUCAAAAAAUGGUUGAAUUGCAGCGGGUUUGGAACUUCCGGAUAUCGUUGUUUGUCCAUAUAAUCGAUUUAACUCCACUUUUCUUCGAGAACAUGGAUUUGAUUUCAAGUUAGCACAAUAUAUUGAAGCAUCAUAUCCAUCAAAUUUGCCAACAAUCGGAUCAUUAAAAGAAAGAUGGCAUGAAGAUAUUUUAGCUGAUGUCGAUCAGCUUGAUGCUCAACUUGAAUUUGUUCUUGAACAACUUGGCAAUAUUUCAUAUGUCGAAUUUCUUCAUAAAGCUUCACUUCGCUGUGAAGCUUUUUUUGACGAACAUCUCUGUGAAAAUAUUAGUGUUGUUCUAACAUCAGCCGGAGCUUGUUACCGCGUUCAAAUGGAUAAUCAGGUUAAUAGUUGUUCAAAAACUAUAGAGGAAAAUAUUGCUAGUUGUUAGAACAAUCUGACUCUCAUUCAAAAGUCUCAAUGUCAGAAGUAAAAAAUACGUCUGUUUUUUUUCCUUAAAAAUUGAAAAACAUUAUAAAGCUGAUGGGACGUUUUUCAUUUUUUUGCAUGUAAAUCUUUAUUUUUUCACGAAAUGUAAAGAAUUUGUAUUACAGAAAGUCGCUGGAUAUGGAAACGGCGGAAGUCUUGUGAUCACUUUACCCGAAGAUGAAUAUAAUCCAGGUCUGAACAAUUUCCCAAAUGAAGGAGUUAUUAUUAAAUUGGCGGAAAAAAAUAAAGGAAUUGAUAAUGAUUUGACAUUUGUUCCAUCUGGUGUUCAUGCGAUUAUGCCUCUUCAAGGAACGGAAUACGAUUUUAUGAAUUCACCGCCAAAAUAUGAAUGCAACGAAGAUCUUUAUUCCAAUUACAGUCGUGUUUGGUGUUUCGAAACCUGUCUUAUUGAAGAAUAUGAAGAUAUCUGUAAAUGUUCACCCGCGCCUUCUCAACAGCCAAAAUAUCCCAAAAACAUUUGCACUGCAAAACAACUUUACGGGUGUUUUUUGAAGGAACAUAAUGGUACGACGUGGAAUGUUGAAAAAUGCACAAAAAAGUGUAGAGCCCCGUGCAAAUCGUGGACAUAUGGUCAGAAACUCAGUUAUUCACCUUUCACUCGCAAAAAAAACGUGAGGUUUUCCAAAAAAAUUAAGUUCAUAUGAUUUUCUUUUCAGUGGGGAGAAUUAUUUGGAAACGAAGAAGAAUUCAAGAGACUUCAAAGAACCAUCAUACUUGAUGUUUAUUAUUCAACUCUCGAUUUCACGUGCAUCAAACAUGUGGUUGCUAUGCCACUUCAAAGUUUGAUUGCGCAAAUUGGAGGUGAGAUCCAGGAAAAUGAAACUAGAAAUAAAAAAUGUUGUUUUCAGGUCAAUUCUCAUUGUGGGCGGGUGGAAGUCUGAUAUCUCUUUGUCAGAUUGUAAUUUACUUAACAAGAUUUUUCCUAUCAAAGUGAGUUCUUUUUCAAUGAAAAUUUAAAUACUUAUAGUGAACUUUGAUAUGUUCUAUUUAUAUAAAAACUAGAAGGGCUUCGCUGGCUAACGCCAUCUACAGUAGUUUGGCUUACUUUUUCUGAUUAAUUUUCCGGUUAGGGAAAGAGAAACAUUGAGAAAUGGCUAAAAAUUGUUGACUUUUUCAGAGAAUAGAACGAUCAGAUAAGAAACGUGUCCUUUAAUUUUUUUUGGAAUGAAAACGUGAUCAUUCUUUUUUACAUGAAAAAAGUUUUGAUUUUUCACGUUAAAACUCGCGCAUUUUUUGAAAAAUUGAAUAUUAGCGCAUCGAUGGGAAAAAAUUUGGGAUCGAAUGGUGAAGGUCCCAUCAAAAAUGGCCUUCUGGAAAUUGAGAAAAGUCGAGCGACACAUUUUAAAACCGAAAAAUACAUUGGAGUUUUCAAACUUUUCACUCUCCGCGCACCCACAUACAUUUUGAGGGAGAAUUUUUGAAACGCGCAUCAUUGUUCCACCAUUUAGAAACUUUUUCUUUUUUUGAUCAUCAAUUUUUAUGCGCACAGUUUUGAGAACGGAUCGCGGACAGACUCUUGCCAAAAAAAUUUUCCCAAUUAGUAUAUAGUAGAUAUGAUAUGUUUUUUUUCCUUUUUGAUACCUAAAUUAGGUAUAAUAAUACCACAUUACAUUAACUUGAGAAAUUGUCCUUCUACUUGACAAAUCCGCCUUUUUCAAAUAACUUUGAGCAAUAUUGAUGUUUAUUAAAAGUACCACUAGCCUCUUUGCAAAACUUCAUAUUUUUUUUUGCAGAUGUGAGGGUCGAAAAGCGCAUAAUCCAAAAAACAAGAAAAAAUCAACAUCUUCGAACAAUGGAACAAACGAAACAACAAAUCCAAAAAGAAAUGGUAAAUUAAUGAAUGUCGAAGUUGUGAGAAGAGGUGGUGGUCAACCAGUAACAACAACAAAACAAAAUGAUCGACACCAAGACAAACAAUUACCGCCAUUAUGA